UUAUAAGUGUCAUUUGUAUGUGAUUUGUUAAAGAAGGUACUGUGGUGGUGGUCAUUGUGGUUGUUGUUAUGAGGAAAGUGCUAUUAGGACUGUGACCGUACAGGGCGAUAAAAUAUGUGUUGUGUGGUAGCCGUUGUCCGCUACUAAAGGUCGUAGCGACGCGCGAGAAGAAUGUCUGAGCCCUCCUACCGCCGGGUGGUCGUCCACACCCGUCGCGACCGCAGCCGGCCCUUCCAGCCUGCGAAGUUCGACCAGUGCCUCCUCGACCACUUCGGGAUCAACGACGACUUCGGGAAACUCGAGUGUUACAUCGCCGACGGGAUCGUGUACCUCCAGCCUCCUCCGAAGUCCCCGUCGGCUGGUUCCUCCUCCUCGUCCUCGUCCUCCUCCUCGUCGCAGCAGAACAGAAGGAAGGAUAUACCGAAUAAUCUGGCAUAUAGGUUCCAGCACCCGCCCUUCUGCGCGAUCCACAAGUUGACGCCCGCAAUCAGAGAGGAUCUGCCGCCCGAAGUGAAGGACAGGGGCGUUGAUGUGGGCGUCUGCAUCGUCCUGGAGAGCGGAGAUGGGCGGCUUCUGCUCACCCGUCGCGCCCCCCACAUGAGGACCUUCCCUGGCGUGUGGGUUCCUCCGGGCGGGCAUGUGGAGGAGAGGGAGACGUUAGUGGGCGCUGGCCUUCGGGAGCUUCGGGAGGAAACGGGACUCAGACCCGAGGGCGUGUGUCGUGUCCUGGGGCUUUGGGAGAGUGUGUACCCGCCCGUGCUAUACAUGGGGGAUCCGCGGCGACACCACCUGGUCAUUUACUUGCAUCUGAAGUGUGAUCUGUCGACGGAUGAACUACAGCGUCUGCUCAAGCUACAACACCAAGAAGUAGAUGCCUGUGUGUGGUUAACGAGAGAACUAGUAGAGAUCGUGGUUUACGGCUCGUCACGUCGUCCUAGCGAACCUGUUCCUAUAACCUUAGUUAACACGAAAGGAGUUCACACCAUCGGUCGCCUGAACCCUAAGGCCCUGAGGAAGAAGAUGCCAGAACCGGGGUUCGAGGUGGAGAGACUGACCACUGGAACCCGCUACGCCCUGAAGCUCUGGCUACAGAAUCAGAUCGGCGUCGAGCAGCCUUCGUCGACGUCUUCGGCAGUUUCUCAAGCCAACCCCCCGGGCACCUCCUCCAGCUUCUGGAGCGAGAGGUCGAGUGACGAGUUGGACUCGACCCUCGGCUCGACACGGAGGAGCAGCGCCAGUGACUCGACGGACCACGACUACGGAGUCUGGAGGACCGAGGGGCAGGCAGAAGGCGCUGACGACGAGGACGCAGAAGAAGCUAGAUCUUAUCGAGAGUCAGAUUCCCUGGACGGCUGGAAGGCUGGCGAUCUCGACCUGAAGUCCCUAAGGGAGCACCUCGGGCGGGAGGGAUUACAAAAGACGGACGGCAACCUGGAGCAGUCCAUGGCCAGGAUAAAUCUGCAGAGUCCGGAGACCCUGAUGUCGGAAGUUGCCAGGAAUUAAGGUCUGUGUGUGCGUGUGUUUGCGGGUUUUUUAUUGUCUUUCCUUUUUCUUCUACUUCCUUAUUUCCUUCUUUUGAUCGUGCGGAAACAGAUGGCUAGGGUUUAGUAUUAAACUUUGUAAGCUAAGCCAAAGGAGUACACGUAUCUACUCAGACAUUAUAACACAUGUGCUGAUGAAAAUGUAUACAUAAUGAUAUUCCGUGGCUUACGAAAGAAAUCAAAAACACACAUUGUAAGUGAUAUAUGUCCAUUGCAUUAUCAAAGGCAUAAGGACCGACCUGGUAUCGGUUUAAUAUUACUGUGAUAACGAAGGUAGUGCAUUCAUAGUGUGUUAGUUCCUAUAAGUAAUUAGGAUCAGAACUAUUCUGAUCAAAAGUAGCUGAGUGUUACAUGCCUUCUUUAGUUUUAGCUUCUCUUGUACAUAUUUAUGUAUAAUUUGAACAUAUAUUCAUAAAUUCAUUGUUGUUUCAUUGAGGUAAAUGUACAUAUUUUGUUUCAUAUUUUGAACACGCAUUAAGGACCAGGCAUGUAUAUACAGCACCAUGCAAAGUUUGAGUGAGAGAUGCAUAACUUUUCAUAAAUAGAUUUAAUUUUUCUUAACCCUUUAUUUCAUACACUGUAAUUAAUUGCUCUGCUAUGCAAAUUAUAGCAGUAUUGUGCGUUUUUACAUAUCAAGUACA